GGCGGUCGGUGGUCGGCUGGAUGGCAGCGAUGGCGAUGGGGCUGCUCCGCUGCAUCGUCGGACCGAAGCUGCGUCGGGUUCACCGCGGCCCCGACGGCUCGGGAUUCUACUAUCAACCAAGGAUCUUGGAGAAGCAUUCUGACAGCAUCCUGGGAUGGGCGUACGUCCUCUGGUCUGUAUCCUACUACACGUCCCCAUUGUUGCUGUUGUACUUCUACAGAAAAGGUUAUAUUGUUAUGUCUAAGAUUAUUCCAGCCACUCCGUACGCCAGUGCGUUUCUGCUGUUUCUCACCGGUGUGGCCUGUCUCCGAGGUAUGGGCCGAUGGACCAAUCCCGAGUAUGUGCAGUUCAUCACCAUUUUGGCCGAGACUAAGAAAAACAACACAGAGGAGAACAAGAGGAAGCUAGCCUCCUAUAGCUUCGACUUUGACCACUGGCCGGUGGACUUCAGCUGGACCGACGUCACGAGUCAGAAGGGCGGAAACAUGACGAAGGGCGGGGUUCCCCUCCUGAAACCAGAGCACAAGUACAGAGGGACGGCGGACAGCUUGAUUGGCAAUCUCCUGAGCUUCCCGUGCCAGAUCAUCAGCUAUUUAGUAGCUAAAUCGUUUGGCCGACGGAUGCUGUACCCCGGCUCGGUGUCACUGCUACAGAAAGCCAUCAUGCCCAUGUUGCUGCAGGGUCAGGCACGGCUGAUGGAGGAGUACCAGGGUAAACGAGCCAAGCUGAUCGCCUGCGACGGGAACCAGAUCGACACGGUGUUUGUGGACCGGAGGACGGCAGGGACAGAGAACGGGAAGAAGCUGGUGAUCUGCUGUGAGGGGAAUGCGGGUUUCUACGAAGUCGGGUGUGUCAGCACUCCGCUGGAAGCUGGCUAUUCAGUCCUUGGAUGGAAUCACCCUGGGUUUGCAGGCAGCACGGGCGUGCCUUUCCCCCAGAACGAGGCCAACGCCAUGGAUGUGGUGAUACAAUACGCCAUCCAUCGCCUGAACUUCCAGAUCGAGGACAUCAUCAUGUACGCCUGGUCCAUUGGCGGUUUCACAGCAACCUGGGCCACAAUGAACUACCCAGAGAUCAGUGCCCUCAUCUUGGACGCUUCCUUUGACGACCUUGUGCCCCUUGCCCUGAAGGUCAUGCCAGAGAACUGCAGAGGUCUCGUCACUCGGACAGUUCGGGAUUACUUGAACCUCAACAAUGCGGAGCAGCUGUGCAAAUACCAAGGCCCCUUGGUGCUGAUCCGGCGCACGAAGGACGAGAUCAUCACCACGGUCCCAGAAGAUAUCAUGUCCAACAGAGGCAACGAUCUGCUGCUGAAACUCCUCCAGUACAGGUACCCCAAGGUGAUGUCGGAGGAGGGAGUUCGAGUGGUGCGGGAGUGGCUGAGUGCUUCAAACGCCCUCCAGGAAACUGCUCUCUACAGCCGGUACGAGGUGGACGAUGACUGGUGCACCUCGGUCCUACAGUCCUACAAGUCGGAGCACGGCGAUGUAUUCCCCUGGACUGUCGGGGAAGACAUGACGUCAGAAGGAAGAAGGCAGCUGGCGAUAUUCCUGGCACACAAGUACAUGAAGAAUUUCGACGCCACACACUGCACCCCGCUGCCAGCCUCCGAGUUCACGCUGCCCUGGUCUUUGUAGCAGGAGGCGGGCGAGUCCGAGGAGUGCCAGAGGGAGCUGCGCGGCGGAGGAGACGUGGGGACCCCCCCCUUUGCCCCGCCCACCCCGAGAUUGGGGGUCGGGGGUGGGGGGAGGUGUGUGUGAUGGGUCUUGGGUCUGUCGUGGAGCUGUCGACCACCGGCCAGAGUGCAGCCUUCUUGUCCCCUCCCGCUCCCUUCCCGUCCCCUCCGAGGGCGGGAGGAGACUCCCCUUGUUCUCGGACUCUGCUGCGCCAAUCGCUCAGUCCCUGGAGUGUGGUUUGAGAAGCCCCACCCCCCGACACACACCUCCUACCCUCCACCUUCCUUGUGAGGUUCUGCCUCCUGUAGCCCGUCUGCUCUUUGUCUCCACCCACCACCACCCCCCCCCCACCACCACCACCACCACCACCCCUCCUGGUUUCCUGGUCCCUUCCCCUCAGCUACCCCCCCCCCCCACCCCCCAAACAGUAAGUGUGGAAAAGCUGCUAAUGGUGGGGAGGUGGCUAUUCAACUGGGCUGUGGCAUGCAUCGCUGUCAAUCAUCUGCCAAGCCCCUUCCCUCCACCCCUGCUCCCCCACCCCCCCCCCCCACACACACAUACACACACUUCUGCUGGGGGGGGUUACUGGUUGCUGUACUGAACCUCAAAGCGCUGGGAAACGCUCAGCGGGUAAGUCAGCAUCCGUGGAGAGAGAAGCAAGGUCAACCUGCAAGGCCAUCAGGUUCUGCCUUCACUAAUGCUACCUGCCAUGCCAAGGCUUCUCCCUGCACUUUAUUUCAGGUCUCCAGCAUCUGCGGAUUUUUGGGGGCUUUCAUUUGGUUGGUGGGUGCCCCCUUAUUUCGCUGCUGCCUUCCCUGCCCCGAAUCUCCCAACCCCUUCCUGGGCUCAGCAACUGCGAUCGUGUCCUUCCCUCACUCCUCGGGGUGAUGCCCGUCAGCUCAAGAGUCGAUCUUGGGAUCUUCCCUUGUAGUUUUGAUGUAACCGGUCAUUGUCAGGGUGCGGGUCCCUCCUGGUCUAGAGGGGAUCGAAGGUGGAGGGCUGCCUUGUCACCCUCUCUGGUGAUGAGCAUCUAAUGUGUGGGUGUUGAUCUGGGGGGGGUGGGGGGAGUGAUGGUGUUACAACCCACCCCCUCUGGUCCAGGCUCUCACAGGCUCAGGCACAGAGCUUGCCUUACAUCCUGCCCUCAGUGGAGACUAAAAGCCCAGCUACACCCAACCUCAGGGUCAGGCUGGGGUGCGGGGCUGUUUGGGUUAAAAUUCGACCCCCCCCCCCCCUUCCCCUGCAUCCGCUUACCGGCCUGUUUUUAACAACUUCCAUUUGCAGGGCCCUGGCUGGUGUGGGACAGGGUUCUGUUCCCCGAGAACUGCACGUUAAGUCAGGGAGAGACAGAGACAGUGUGUGGGAGAGGAAUCGCAGAAACAGCCGAGACGGGAGAGCGAGGAGAGGGGAAGGUCGGAGGGGGGUGCAAGAAGGUGGCCGUCUGUCCGCCUCACUUGAGUGGAGUCUGCUCAAGCGCUCCCAGCUCUGCUCAGUUCGAGGUGGGGGGAGAGAAGGCACGCAGAAGGUCCCUGCAGCAGCCACCAAAUCCGCCCCGCCGAUCUCCCGAAUGCUCCUCGGUAUGUCCGGGAUGUUGGUAACCCGGGCAGGACCUGCAUCAGAAAUAUAAUUAGACUAUCCGGCUCCUCGCUGCCACCCUGUCAACUAACAAACUCGUGGCUGAUGUAACCUCAGCCUUAAUCCUGCUUUCCUGCCCAGUCCGUGUAACCCUCGAUCGCCCCUGAAUUUCAAAUAGAAGAAAGUUUUCUUGCUGAAAAGACUCUUCCAAUGGCUGAUUGGAAGCUAUUCCCUUUCUCAAUCCCUCCUGGCGUUCGGUCAGAUCUUGGCUGAUCUGUGCCCUUGUAUUAAUAUUUCGGGAGUUGGGGGGGAGGGGGAUUUACAGGCAGGUUCCUCGAACCCCUAGUUCCUCGAGUCCCCUUCCUCAAACCACUGACCCACCGCAGUCCUUCUGGUGGAGGCGCUCCCGCGGAGCUGCUGGUUGGGGUGUUCGUGACUUGGACCCGGGAGUGCUGAAAGGUUCGACGACCGUGAACGGGUGUGACUUCCGAGGGCAGCCAGCAGGCGGUUGCCGCUUCCAAGCAGUGGCGCAGCGGGUAGAGCCGCUACCUCGCGGCUCUGGGGACCCAGGUUCGAUCCUGACCUCUGCCGCUGUCUGCCUGCGGAGUUUGCCUGCUCUCCCUUCCCCUGGGUGCUCCUCCCACAUCCCAAUGUUUGUGCAGGUUGGAAGGUUAGUUGGCUGCUGUAACUUAUCCCCAGUGAGGAGAUGAGGGGUGGAAUCUGCUGGGGAGUUGGUGAGAAUGGUGUGGGAUUUGGUAGGUUAAGUGGGACACGAGAGGAGUGUGGUAGAAUCCAGAGCAAGUGGGGAGAAUAACUUGGGGUCAGUGUAAAUGGGGUGGUUGGCACAGACCCGGAGAUCCACAGAACCUGUUUCCUUACUUGUACUUGGUGGUUAAGAGGUCGUGGGUUUAGAUCUGGCUUCUGAAUCCACGAUCUGACUCCGUUCAACCGAUUGGGCACACACAUCCUCGCCAGUCACGGUAGGGUUCCCUUCCCGUGAGCCGCUCGUAACCCAGACAGGUCGCAAGUAGGGAAUGGUGCCCGCCAUCCGAGUUCCCACCCCUGUGGCCCUGCAGCUGCCGGCUAAUCCAUCCUGCCAGUCUCCCAACAAACGCCCGCCCGUUUAUGUACGGGUUAUGCAUAAAUCUGGUGUCCGUAAACUGGGCAGGACCUGUAAUCCGGAGCACCCCUACGUCGACAUUUCCUAUACACGGAGCCUGAAUGGAAACCAUUGUGUUACCCUCUGUACGUUUGGACUACUUUGUGACCCUGCUGCUGUGUCGUAUCAUCUACUGAUAUUUGUGGGGUAGGAUUCCGUCAUCUGAAGGGGCUCAUCUCCGAGGUUAAGGAUACCCUUGAUGCUGCCCUCGUCAAAUGCAGGCCAUCUUUUUUUUCUUUAAGGGCCCAGAACAUUUCUCUGUGACCCUUGUUAUGAAUACUGCUAAAUUCUGCUUCCUCUUGAUGUUUUUCUGAGCUUUUUGUCUGGGUGAUGUCUCUGCAGGCUGGGGUGAGGGGAGAGAGUUCCUUCUGCAUUUGAAUUCUGUCAUGUUUACAGUCUGUCCCAUCUCCUAGCAAGGCUGGGAAAAAUAUUGGGCAAGGAGGCGUCCUGUUCCCAUCCAGCCCGGUGUGUGUUAAAAUGCACUACGGGACUCUUGUCGUGUUGUUCAAAUGUCUGAGCUGGAGGGGAAAAAAAUGAGUCACAAUAAAAGAUUUUUACUUGCUCCUUCCAUAAACGGCAAAGGACACAAUGAUUAAGAA